AUGGACGACUCAUCACCCCAACAGCCGUCCUCUCCCGAAACCUCAAAAUUCUACGAACAACCAGCUUCAGAGUCAACCUCGUCCUUCAUGGCUUCACCGACAGCUUCCUCUCCACAAUCUCCCUCCAGGCCCCCUUCGCUGGGCUCGCCAGGAAACAGCAUAAGUCCUACCAUGAACCCCUCCUCCGCCCCGCUAGGCCCUGUCAAUGCAGCGAGACGACCUGGCCCGCUGCCUUCACGCGCGAGUGGGUUGAACUCUGAUAUUCAGGCAAAGAUGAAGGCCUUCUCUCUAUCUCGGCAGGGUGCACCUCCCACAAAAGCACAAACUGCGGGGUUUACCAGUCAACAGCACGGUGCUUUUGUAGGCGGCGCGUUGACAGGAGCUCCUCCUCCUUCCCCGAACUCUUCUGCAGCCAAUCUUCGACUACCCCCGGGUAUGCAACGACCGAGCGCACCGAAUUUUGGCUCCUCGCCUUCUCCGAUUCCCGGCAGUCCUCGAGUGAUGACUCCCAGGCCUCCCAUGGGUGGAUUAGCAGCAAAACGAGGUUUGAAGCCAGGUGGCAUGAAAUUGUCAGAUGCGCACAAACCUGCCCCUGCUGGACAGGAGGAGGACAAGACAGACACUGGCUCUCAAUUCAACAAGUACUCAAACAUCAUUGAUACCAAAAAGGGGACUCUAAAUUUCCACAACAAAGCGGUUAUCCACGGGAGUGGUAUCGAUUUUGCUGGUGGCAGUACCUUUUCAAUUUCUUUAGACGAGGUCGACACGCUGUCAGAGUUGGGUAAGGGCAAUUAUGGAACGGUUUUCAAAGUCAGGCACGCACGGCCCAAGAUGAGACGCCCUGGGUUGGGUCUCCGAGGCAAUAUGGUGCGGCAAUCAUCAGCCUCCAUUCCCAAAGAUGACGAAGAGGUAGAUUCACAAUCAGACACAAAAGGGACAAGCGGGCUUGUCAUGGCCAUGAAAGAAAUCCGCCUCGAGCUCGAGGACUCAAAGUUUGCGGCCAUCAUCAUGGAGUUGGACAUUCUACACCGAUGUGUAUCACCUUUCAUUAUCGAUUUCUAUGGCGCAUUUUUUCAAGAAGGUUCUGUUUAUAUCUGCAUUGAAUACAUGGACGGUGGUUCUGUGGACAAGUUAUACGGGGAUGGGGUCCCUGAAGGAGUCCUCAAGAAAAUCACCUUGUCGACAGUUAUGGGGCUCAAAUGCCUCAAGGACGAACACAAUAUCAUCCACCGAGAUGUCAAACCGACGAAUAUACUGGUCAACACGCGAGGCCAAGUCAAGAUCUGUGACUUUGGGGUCAGCGGCAAUCUUGUGGCUUCAAUAGCCAAAACAAAUAUUGGGUGCCAGAGCUACAUGGCACCAGAACGCAUAUCAGGGGGCGGCAUGGCUCAAGUCGGCGCUGGCGGAGGCACCUAUAGCGUGCAGUCCGAUAUCUGGUCACUCGGUCUCACCAUCAUCGAAUGCGCACUCGGCCGAUAUCCUUAUCCCCCCGAAACCUACGACAAUAUAUUUAGCCAGCUUAGUGCCAUUGUGGAUGGUGAGCCUCCAGAUCUUCCAGCUGAUCAAUUCUCCGAAGCAGCCAUUGAUUUUGUACGGGGCUGCCUGAACAAAAUUCCCCGGCUCAGACCAACCUACGCCAUGCUGCUCCGACAUGCAUGGCUCGCACCACUACUGAAGCCACCCACGAUUUCCGAGGACGAGGAAGGCGAGCAGGCUGCCGAGGCCGGCAUCGAGUCCGCCUUCUCAAAUAGUGAAACUCCAGACACUGCGGACAAAGAAGUUGCAGAUUGGGUAAUGAGCGCACUGGAGAAGAAAAAAGCGGGCAAAUUGGCAUCACAUAAGAAGCCAGCACUGCACGAAGCACCGCUCGACGCGGUUCCCGGUAGCCCUCUACUCACCCAUGACGGACCUAUGCCGUUGGGCGGAGAUGCAACGGCCCCUGAUGUCAAGGCCAACGUUGGAGUGAGGAUCGAUUCAAGGGAUUUAUUGGCGGCAAGGGUAGAGGGUAUAGAUUUUGCUUCAUGA